AUGCGUCGUAUUUUGGAGGACAGCGAGGAUCCUCUGGGCUUGGCAGGACUCCUAGAAAAUUUUGCUUGCCAGUAUGUUCAGGCAGACUCGGACGUAAAGUCUCGUAUACUCAAAGAUGGGAUUGAGAACGGCCGCGGAGAUGUCAUCAUCGGGUUUGAGUCCGCCUAUCUCACAGGCACAUUGAGUGAUAUGUCCCUCUCUUCGAAAAAUAAAGUUACACUCCACGGAAGUGGCGGGGGGAUCGGUGGCGAAAAGUCGGGGCAAGUCGAAGGCAGGAGGCAUUCAGUAGUCGGCUCUGUAUUCAAAGUGGUUCACGUUCAGCGAAGAGUCCUUGGGACGGGGACACAUCGGAUUCGGAUAAUGGGACGACCUUUCACGCUUCGAGACUUGGGCGACAACAUGUUGCAGGAUAUGUUCCGCGAGGCCUUUCCCAGCUUGGCAAGGCGCACAAAGAAAACAGUUCAGCGAGUAGUAGGCGGAAUUUUCCGGAAGAAUGCAAGUGACAGGGCAGACCAACAAGGCAAUCACGGCAGCAAGGGCAGCUAG